AUGAGCCUCUCCUGCUGCCACGACGCCCGCCGCCACUACUACGGCCCUCACAAGACCCAAGACUGUGAAUCUCUUGUCAUGGGCUACAUCCUCCUCGUCGAUAGCUCGCCGACGGCGCUUCUCCCGGCGUUGCGCUGCGAUCCCCCUGGGAUCUUGACGCUUCCCACGCUCAGGCAUGGUAGUGGAGUUGCCUUGGGAAGCACUUUGGGGUGUUGUUGGUGCUGUCUAGGUGUGGUGUGAUGAAGACAGCACGCGUGACCGGUGUCUGCUCCGGUAGUCGCAAAAAAGCGGGAAAUUUUUCACCGAAACGUAAAAGGAGCAAGCCCCCAAAAAAUACGCCUUGCUCUUUUUACGGAAACGUAGAGGAACGCCUCCAUAUAUUUCAAGAAAAUACGGUUUCGUAACCAAAUACGUAUUUUUUUGGCCUGAUAAGACACACCCUUAGCUAUACAUCCAAUUCUUCGUAUUACUUCGUUUCCACCAUGGUCCUGCUGAUAUUUUCUUUUCUUUUUUUAUGUUGUUGGGGUCACAACACAGCAGCAAGUCACCGGCACCAGCUUUUCUUCCUUUUUUUUUGCCACUCCCUACAACCUUUCUUCCAUCGUCCUGCUGAUUUUUUCUUUGUUGCUGGGCUUACAGCACGUUGUUCCUCACAAACUUUUGUACAGACCUCCUGUGCGGCGUACGACCCAAACUAAGUCUUCGACGACCUCAAGGACGGCUGCACUGGAGAAAUCAAGGACGGCGACAUCAUCGUCAGGUCCUCUUCGACGACCUCAAGGACGGCUGCACUGGAGAAAUCAAGGACGGCGACAUCAUCGUCAGGUCCUGGGCCCUCCGGGACUCCCCGAAGGGACUCCACGCGCGCUGCGCGAAGCGCAAGCACACCGCCGUGCAGGUCUAACCAUCAACAUGCCGUACGAUCAACAACUCUUUGAAUACGAGCGUUUCGAGGCCCUGCUCACCGAGCAUUACAUCGAUCUCUACCAGGAAUCCUUCUACACGGAUUCUGAGUGGGGAAGUUGAGUCGCCCACGCCGAGAAAGCUCUUCCUACCGCGGAAGACUCCCAACUCGUGGAGUUCGAGACUUUUGAGGCCGAUUUCGAGGAAUAUUGCCAAGAGCAGUGGAUUUCGUUUUGUGCCGCGCGGGAAUAGCCUCUAUCCCAGGUCGAUUUCUUCUCAUGCAGUAAAGGAGUAAUUCAUCUUAUUCCUCCGAUGGCUUGCAUGUUUUCAAGGUUUUGGAGUUUUUGACAAUUUCCAGCAUGCACACAGCUACGCUUCGCAGAGUUUCCUGCUUUCGAUUCCUUCAUCCUAGUGGUGAGUUCUUCAUCCACACGUGCCCUGCAUGUCUCUUCAAGUACGCGUUCAGUGGUUUCAGUGUUGACAGAUUUCUCGCAUGCCUUUUGGCCUCGUUUGUCACAUGUUUCUUCUGGGUACUCGUGGAUGUCGCAGGACUACCCUCGGCACAGGCCCCAGUUCGAUUUCCUUUCCUACAGUACAGGGUACGAGAUUGCCGCGUACGGCUUUUCUGCUUUCGAUUCCUUCAUUCGAGUGGUGGCCUUUUCGUCCACACGUUCCCUGCACGUCUCUUCAAUUUGCGCAUUCAGUGGUUUGAGAUUUUUCACACGUUUCUCCCAUGCCCGUUGCCCUCGUUUGUCAUUUCUCUAUUCUGGGACUCAAGUGGUUUUUUUUUCUUCCAAUCGUAGGGCGCAGGACUACCCUCGCCACAUUUCCAUUUGGUUUCCUGCAGUACAGCAGUAGUAGUAGUAGCUCUUCUUCUACCGGCGUUCUUAAAUUCUAAUUCUACACCGAGUUCGUCUCCGGUGUUACAGCUGGCUUUUUGGUCAACUUCUUCAAUCCCUUCCACGCAAAGGUUGACAGCUUCAAUUCCUUCGUUCUCCU